CUCGAUCCUCAAUAUUACUAGCCGAUACAUAUGAUAAUGGGGAGGGACAAGAACAGUAGUAAGAACAAUAAUAACGUUGUGAAGCUAAGGAAGGGGUUGUGGUCGCCGGAGGAGGAUGAGAAGCUGAUAAGGUACAUGUUGACCAAUGGACAAGGUUGCUGGAGUGACAUUGCCAGAAAUGCAGGUCUUCAACGUUGUGGUAAAAGUUGUCGCCUUCGUUGGAUUAAUUAUCUCAGACCUGACCUUAAGAGAGGCGCUUUCUCUCUCCAAGAAGAACAACUCAUUCUCCAUUUUCAUUCCAUUCUUGGCAAUAGGUGGUCUCAGAUAGCAGCACGUCUUCCAGGACGCACAGACAAUGAGAUUAAGAAUUUCUGGAACUCUACUUUAAAGAAAAGGAUGAAAAACAACACUGCUUGUACUACUGCUGCUACUACUUCCACUGCUAUUCCUUCACCAAACAACAGUACAGACUCAUCAUCAAAUCAUAUUAUGCUGAAUGGCAUCACCACCACCACCACCACCACAUCCUCAAUGCCCUUCAUCAACAUGACCAUGUGCAAUAUGGACUCAUCACCUUCAUCAAUAUCAUCAUCUUCAUCGGCAUCCGUACAAUCCAUGCAAGCCGCAGCUUUUGGUGGUGACCACCAGUUAAUGGAGUAUCCCUUUUCCAUGUUGAAUAAUCACAGUAAUAUUCCUUAUGAUAUGCCUGCAUCCUUUGGUGGUGAUGGUGGCGGCGGCGUGGUGGAGGAUGGGUUUUACGGAGAUGAUUAUAAUAAUGGAACGGGGUUAGAGGGAGAAGAUAGUAAAAUAAUGGGGUUAGAAAGAGACCUGUGUCUUCCUCCUCUAGAGAGUAGAAGCAUGGAAGAGAAGUAUAAUAACAGUAGUGUUGUUCCUACUGAUGUGAAAAGUCAAAUCAACAACAACCAUUUUAAUAAUGGUUGCUUCAAUAACACUGAUCAUCAUCAUCAUCAUCAGGACUUGGUCGGGUUUGGGAAUUAUAAUCAUGGACAAUCAGGAGAAAACUUAAGAGUGGGAGAAUGGGAUUUGGAGGGUUUGAUGCAAGAUAUAUCCUCUUUUCCUUUCCUUGAUUUUCAAGUUGAAUGAGCAAU